AAUCCCAGAAGUGGGAUGAAAUGAACAUCAUAGCUACAUACCACCCAGCAGGCAAAGAUUAUGGCUUGAUGAAAAUAGACGAGCCAAGUACUCCUUAUCACAGCAUGGUAGGAGAAGAUGAUGAGGACGCAGUGAGCGACUCAGAAUCAAAUGAGCCCUUAAAAGCAGAUGUAUUGAGUAAAAAACUAGCAGCUGCCGCUGAAGGCAAAGGACCCAAAAUUAUAGCAAGGCAAGAGGAAAGCAGUGAGGAGGAGGAAGAGGAUGAAGAAUUAACACCUGAAGAACGAGAGAAGAAGAAACAGUUUGAAAUGAAGAGAAAAAUGCACUACAAUGAAGGACGAAAUAUCAAACUGGCAAGACAGCUCAUUGCAAAGGAACUACGUGGUGAAGAGGAGGAUGAUGAUGAGGAUGAAGAAAUGCAAGAUGCUGCAGAUGUAGAAACAAUGAAUACAGAAGCUACUGAACAUGGGGAAAGGAGAGCUCCAAUAGGCAACCUUAUGACCUUUCUCCAUGGCUUGAAGCUGCCAUCUCUCUGCUCUCUGAUGUAAACCAGAGGCAACUCCGCUCCACAGCUGCAUUCGCCAGUGGAAAGAAGGCAGACCUUUGCAGCAUUUUUCCAUCUCUGUUGUUGAAGUCCAUUUUCCACCUUGCCUCAUAACCAGCUUCAGAGCCACAACUGACUGAGAUUUCUUGCUGAUUGAAAUGAAGAUGGCCAGUCCAGUCAGUGAUGCACAUGAUACUCGUGACCAGCUGGAAAGUAGAGCACACAGCAUAGAAGAAAUCUGUCCAGAACUGUAACUGCUUGUCAAAGACACAAAUAUAAACAUCGCUUCGUGUUUUUUGCCAUUAAGGCUCUUAAAUAUUGAGAAGCAUAUCAGUUACAAUGUUGUAUUGCCAAGAAUGUUAAUUUUAGACUUGUCCAUUAGGCAGAAAGAACUGUCUAAUUGAUUAUUCUUGUGCCUAGUAUUUCAUGGAGAAUACUGCUUCAUAAUCUGUUCAACCAGAAUGGCAUUCCCUCUGUGUAAAAUGCUGAUUAUCUUGCGUAAUGUGCUGUUACUCUUCAUGCUUUGAAACAGACAGCAUCUUUUGGUUUUUCACUAUUUAUUUGACAGUGCUCUACAUGCGGUAUCUCUUAUGGAAAGGCUUGGGAUUCAAGAGCCAAACGGUACAGCAUAUAUCAGAUUGACAUGCAAGCUAUUUAUCAGAUGUGUUAAGCAGUUUAAAAAGGGAUAUUUAAGUCUUACAACUUUUUUGUAAAAUGUUGACCUGUUAAUCUAGAUUUCGAUACGUUAUUACCUGUACUUUCCCAGUCUUUAGAAGAGCUGUAUUACUUUUUUUGAUAGUGCUGUUCAGAAUCAGUUGUCAGUUUCUGACUAAGGCAGUACAAAUGUCUGGUGGAGGGAAUGUUUAACACUGGAAAUGUUCUAACUUGAACUUUGCAUUUAAUUGUCACUGUCUUGUCCAUCGGGACUGGAUGUUUUGUGGAGCUCUGGCUUAUCAUGAGAACAUGGAAGUUUCCUUCUACUUUUCUCUUAAAACCACAUGCACUGUCACUCUUCUGGCUUGUUUCAAACUUUUGGUUGUUUCUAGUUGCAUGAAGAGGCUUGUGCUACUAGCAUCUGGGGAAAAACACCCAAGAGCAAAUCCACAUCAGGGCUGUGAAGAUGAGUUGAGGCUCUGGCCUUCUUCAUGUAAGGAUAACUGCUGCAGAUCUUCUAUUCAUUUGGGGUUGGUAACUUGCAUACUGAAAACCACUGGUCUAAAUCUUCCUGUAUCCAUUGCAACUUACAGCAGCUGCUUUUGUAAAAUGAAGGCUGUUUGGAAUAGAAGGGAAACUGCCUAAUUCAAAUACUUGUUUACAGUGUGGUUGUAUAGCCCCUGUAGAGGGGGAUUUUGAACCUCUAAAUUGCUGUAAACAACUUCCCACUCAAUGGAAUUGACUGGUGAAUGUUCCAGUGUUGAGAGUAGUUCCUGGGUUUUAUUACACAAAUGAAGUAUACACUUAAGCUUUAGCUUGGUUAUGGACUACAGUGUAUAUCUUAAUUUAGAUCUGAAUUUGAUAUGUUGCAAAAAUCCAUAUAAUUAUAUGGAUCUAUUUUAAAAUGUCUUUUUGUCCACUGUAUAUGUGAAGUUUGAAUAAAGGAAUGAAAGUUAUUUUACAGUUACA